CAGAUGUGUACACAAUGCUGGAUCAGUGCUUCUGAAUGAAUGAAUGAACAGCAGAAUUAGAAAUGAUGGCUCAGAAAGGUUAAGCAACUUACUCCAGGCCACCCAGCUGUGACGGCGGAGCAGGUUCUCUCGGGUCCCAGCUCUCCUCCUUCCCCCUUGCUCUCCCCCACCCUAACUGACAGAGGGGCCCAGGAAAGACGCACUCCUUCCCUGUCUCGGCAGGGGCUGGGGGGGCCAUGUCCCUCAUCCCCUGGCUGCGGUGGAAUGAAGCCCCCUCCAGGCUGUCCUCCCGGAGGCCCGCCGAGAUGGUGCUGGAGACGCUCAUGAUGGAGCUGGCAGGGCAGAUGCGAGAGGCGGAGAGGCAGCAGUGGGAGCGCGGCAACGCAGUCAGGAAGAUCUGCACCGGGGUCGACUACAGCUGGCUGGCCAGCGCCCCCCGGCCCACCUACGACCUCAGCCCUGGCGAACGGCUACAACUAGAGGACGUCUGUGCCAAGAUCCACCCUUCCUACUGUGGGCCCGCCAUCCUCAGGUUCCGGCAGCUGCUGGCAGAGCAGGAGCCCGAGGUGCAGGAGGUGUCCCAGCUCUUCCGCUCGGUGCUGCAGGAGGUCCUGGAGAGAAUGAAGCAGGAGGAGGAGGCCCACAAGCUGACUCGGCAGUGGAGCCUGCGGCCCCGCGGCCCCCUGGCACUGGCCACCUUCAAGACCCGAGCGCGCAUCUCCCCCUUCACCAGUGACAUCCGGACCAUCUCUGAGGACGUGGAGCGGGACACGCCGCCGCCGCUCCGGACCUGGAGCAUGCCGGAGUUCCGGGCGCCCAAAGAUGACUGAGCCAUUCCCUCCCCUGCCCAGGAGCGGAGCCACCAGCAGGAGGGCAUGAUAGGCCGGUGACUGGUCCCGUGUCCUGGAACCUCCCCCCUUCCUCUGACUCCCAAGAGGUGUUUCCUUCCCAGGACAUUCCGAUAAAAUGAAGGACUCCGUCAGGCAGCACUCCCCCAUCAGCCCUGAGCCCCAAGUUAGGGCUCCGCCAGCAUCCAUCUCCUCCCUGUCCCUCCCACAAAUCAGUGGGAGCAUCCCCUCCCCUGCCUCGCAGAGAUUCAGGAUCUUGGCAGACAAGAUCUACCCCUGGGGAGGGGAAGAGUUUGCCAGGACCUGAGUUCUCACCCCCAGUUCAGGGAUGUCCUAUUCACCCCUUCACCCUGAGUAAGGGGCGCUUGUUGGGUAGUGUGCAUUCUCUGCUGGUGGCUGGUCUCACCGUGGCUCCUAGGUCCUUGCCUCUGGGACAGGCAGGGCUGAAAGGGACCACAAAAGCCAAUAGGUCACUCUCCUCCGCUAGCGAAAUGAACAAACUGAAGCUCAGAGAGGGCAAGAUUCUUUCACCUUAAAUUGCAGCCAGAAUCCCCCAACGGCCGGGAGGUUGUUCUGGGUAGGUAUAGUCUCUGCCCAAGUCCUGGGCUGUGAUGGGACAACUCCAAGGGCUGUCUCCUCCUGCCAGUGAUCUGACACAUCUCUGACCUUGGAAUCGGCAUGGAGGUCUAAGGCAGCUGGGAUCAGAGGUAAGAUGCCCUUGCCUCGCCCCAAGAGAAUCAUCAUUCAGGAUGUGGCC